AUGCUUCGAGCUCCAGGUGAAUCUCUCAUUUCCGGAGAGACAAAUGACAGCCAUCCGUCUGAUGAGGCCGGUGGUCUAGUCUCCAAAGAUCGAUUACAGGCCACAGCAACCGAUUCCCCUGCCACUUGCCCUUGCGAGGAUUUUCUGCCAUCACCAGAAAACGAAUUCUCUCGCUCUGCCCAAGAGGACUCUUUCUUGCCCAACCAGCAAGCUUCUGGGUCUCUUGACCCUCGUACGCCAGUCAAGGGAGACAACGGCUCCAGAGCGCCUUCCAAACCCACUGAAGCCGCUCCCACGAAACGCGUUUCACCGCAACAGUUUCACCAAAAGGCACGGAAGCAGAAGCUCAUGAAGAAGCGGAAUGAGCUCCGGAAGCAAAGCAAAGCAGGAUCCGCCAAUUCACGGGAAACGCCAUCUCAGGAAGACGCAACUCGCCAGGAAGAGCCAUCAGGGCCAUCAUCUGUCGAGGCGUUCAGUUCGUCGACGACUACACCAUUAGACGAUGAGCAGCCCCCUUUUCCUGAACCGAUGUCCUCGACCCCAGCUCUCGCCGUGCGGGGUGAUAACGGUCAACAGCGAAUGCCCGACCUAACAAUGCGAACCGCAGCAACCGAAUGGCCUGGUGUCAAGAGUCAAACCCCCAUCUCUCAGGGGACUCCAUCACGCCGCGCGGUCCCCAGGAUCACAGCACCGAUCAUCCCCUUACGUCGGUUGCCGUCCUUGAAAGCCGAAUCGCGACAAAUAGCACCCGUGGUAGUGCACCAACUCCCAAAAGGCGACUCUGAUCCGGCGGAGAAACUUGUGCAGGUGCCCAGUCUUCAGGCUGGGCGACCAGCGAGUCAUGCCGAGGAAGGGAAGUUGGCGGCAGGAAACUACACGAAGACGUCUCGCAUUCACGCUGAGAUACCAGUGAGGAGCCGCCCAACUGUUCCAACAACUGACGAGAACCCGGCCGCCCAGACGCCCAGUCAACAUAGCACUGUGGUACCAGCGGAAGCCUGCCGUGUUGUUGGAAUCGCUUCCAGCACAACUCCAGCCGGGACGCCCAUCCGAAAGGGUGUGGUAUCAGCGGGGAGUGCACAACGUGUUGGUUGCACUACAACUCCCAUUGCGAGAAUAACUCGCAGUGCCCGAAUCCCUUUUUCUCGACCUCCCGAGGAGACCUUACUUCGCCGUUAUCGCCGAGCACGAGCCUGUCGGACACCCAAAGCCACGAGAAAGCGGUUUGUCAAGGAUGGAUAUAAUCUUGACGAGCGGAGCCGUCAUGUGGUGUGUUGGAAGUCCGGAUGUGGCGCUCGGUGCAGCCUGUGGGAUGGCAGUGCAUACAACUGUCCUGGAUGUGGUCCCUUCUCUGCAGUACAUUACUGUAGUGAAGAGCACCUCCUCCAAGACCUCCAAUCUCACUGGUUUGAGUGUGGUAAGUACUCGUUCAGUCAGCCUUGUUCGAGUACGUCAAUUCCAAUCACCAUGCUCAACGGCCCUCCAUUGCUACCAAGCUUCCAUCACUGGGACACGCUUGCACGACGUCGACAGGCGACGUAUUAUAAUGUCUGCCGAGAAUAUGGAGAUUAUUUCAUAUUCGAUGGCGUCAAUGAAGCGUGUGUCCUGGAAGCUCCGUUGGUAGAGGGGGUGGUAAGUUCACCAACGGUGUUCAAGGUUGUUUCUAUAUCAAACAACCCAGAGAAAAAGGACCAAUUCCGCCGGGCCCUAGCAGCCUGCUUGUUCUUCGCCCUGGAUUUGCCAGAAUUAGUGGGUUAUCUAUUCCGGAUGAUCCGCGAAAUUCUUGUCGAGCAAAACCAGUGGACCCCGCAAGUCAAUAUGAUGCUCCUUCGUCAAUUCAACCUGGAAAUGGGGAGGGGGAGCCGACUGCUCCCUAGCAUCUCGGGGGGGAGACAUGCGGCAUACCCCUGUCACCGGGGCGAGGUCGACGACGACUUCAACAACGAAUGGGUCGCCCGGUACGGUUUCAUGCAUCAGUGUGAUGAACUGGAGGAUUCUUUUUGGAUCCUCCGAGCGAACCGCUUUACCCACCCAUUCGUUAGCGACGUUGGCGCUCGGUCUGCUGGCCAGGGGUAUUACAACGUCAUGCCUGAUGACAGGCGGAGAUUCCGUUCGGGGCAGUGGGUGGGAUGGAGCGGGUACUGGCUCCAUGGAGUGUGA